UCUUGAUAGUUUGAAUCUUCAUGGUCUCUUCUCCCAUUGCUGCUGCUAAGUAGUAGUUGAUCCUGUUUUUCCAGCUGCCCUGGGAUUUUCCAUUCAACACUUAUCGAGCACGUAAAAGAAAUAGGUUGCACUCUAGAGAAUCAAGGUAAGCCAUUUCCAUCUUUUCCUCUAAACAAAGGAGAGCUUUGGGGUGAUUAUGUUUGUCUCAGAAACCCAUACACACGGCUGUACUGGGAAAAAAAUUUGGCCCGGGCAUUUAGAGGCAGAGCAGCCAAAUAGGAGGGGUUGGGGACAGAGAGAGGCCGUGAACAUUUUAGUUUGCUGUCCAUCCAGAGCAUCGCAUGCUGAAGAGCACUUGCAUGGAAACAAUGCCCUGUGUUUUACAUAACACAAGCAAAUGUAAUCACAGUAUUGCAGUGCAUUUGCUGGUGAUUACGAGAGUGUGUAGAGUUGAUUCUUUGUGGUGUACUGUGUGUAAAGCAGUCUGUUUGUGGUGUAUUAUGUGUGGUUAGGGGCUAUAGAGUGUAUGUGUUUCCAGUGGCUGUAAAGUGUGUGUGUCUAGGGGCUGUAGAGAUUGUGUCUGCCUCUCUGUCUAGGGGUUGUGAAGAGAGAGAGCACGUGCAUGCAUUUGUCUAUGGGAUGUAGUGCAUCUAGAGGGUGUACUGUUUGUAUAAGGGCUGUAGUGUGUGUGCGUAAAGUGGAAGUAGUGUGCAUAUUUAUGAAUACCGGAUGUAGUGCACAGAGUAGUGUGUGUUUGUAUUGGGGCUUCAGUGUGUAUAUGUACAGGGGCGGUAGUGUGUUUCUAGGGACUGCAGAGAGUGUUUGUGUGUCAGGAGGAUGUAGUGGAAGUAUUUGUAUAUGGAAUGUAGUGUGUGUCCAGAUAGAGUGGGCAUCUAGUGGCUGUAGUGUGCAUGUACAAAAGGGCUGUAGCGUGCACAUACAUGUAUCUAAGCCUGUCAUGUGCAUAUAUAUGGGCUGUAGCGUGCAUGUAUAUUAAUAUAGGCUGUACUGCGUGUGUGUACACUACAGGGGUUACAGUGUCAAUGUACAGGGGCUGUUUUGUGUGUGUGUGUGUAUAUGGGGCUUUCAUGUGUAUGUAAAGGGGACUUUAGUGUGUAUGUACAGGGGCUGUUCUGUGUGUGUAUAUGGGGAUUUCAUGUGUUUUUACAGGGGGCUUUAGUUUGAAUGUACAGAGGCUGGUGUGUGUGUGUGUAUAGGGGCUUUCAUUUGUAUGUACAGGGGCCUUUAGUUUGUAUGUACAGGGGCAGGAGAUUAGAUCAGCAGCUCCCUGCGCCACUCUGCCUUUCUGGUGAUCUAAUGGUCUGAGUGAGUUCUCUGGCUGCUGCUUCCAAGGAUCUCUGGCAUUAUUGAGAGCGUUGCCAUGGUAACCCGCGACAACGCUCUCUGUAACCUAAGCUCGCAGAAGCAGAGCACAUGGCCCCCAGCAGGAGAUGAGAUUAGCAGCUCCCUACGCCGCUCUGCCUUCCUGUGCAAUGGGCCAGUGAGGGAGAUCUCUAAUCUCCUCACCGGCCCAUCAAGGAACUUUGUUGCAUGUUUAGGCUGCGCUCACUGAGGUGGCCGGGAAGAUCAUUUGAUCAAUCGGUGCAAUAUGCCUGGUUGAAAUCUAAACACCAAUGGCUACUAUCUGGAAUUUAAGGAUUCUCCUCCUUCCACUCUACGUUCCCAGAAGAAAAAACUGAAAGUAAAAGGUUUUGCUGAACUUUACAGAUACGCUCUUACAGCAAAAAGUGGUCUGCCCAGUUCCCAAGAAUGAAAUGUUUCAGGGUUAUUUUUCCAGACUGUUCCUAGCUCCCAAAGUUCUAGACAACUGGAGGACGAUCAUAGACCUGCCAAUCUUGAAUACCUAACUGCAUGCAAGGAUAUUCAAAAUAGAAUCCUUGAGCUCUAUCAUCAAGGUGGUAUCUCCCGACAAUUGGAUGAUUUCAAUCUACCUGAAAGAUGCUUAUUUUCACAUCCCUAUUGUAAAGAAACAUCAGAAAUAUCUAUGAUUCUGUCUCAACAAUGUGCACCUGCAGUUUAUAGCUCUCACCAAUGGUAUUUACAAAUGAUUUCUCUACAAUGGAUUCACAUUUAUUACUUCCUGGAUGAUAUUCUCCUGUUGGGAAAGAUAUGAUCAACAUUGCUGACCCAUUGAAACACAACACAGAACAUCCUAGAACAACACGGAUGGAUCUUGAGUGUGGAAAAGAGCCAACUGACACCCUCACGGCAAACGGUAUUAGGAUCCCUAUCAUCUACAAUAUCGUUGACAAAGCAGGCUCAGUGGCAUCUGAGAUUCCCUCAAAGUUCCUUUCCCCCUCAAGUUAAACACCUUUCCCUCGACCAAAUGAUCCUGCUCUCGACCAGAGUCAAGAGAGAUUUAACAUGGUGGGAAAAAGACUCAAAUAUGUUUCACAGUUUCUCCUAGGAAAAAUAAAUCAGAAGUUGUAACAACAGAUGCUUGUCUCUCAGGAUGGGAAGCUCAUUCGGGACAGUCCUUCGUGCAGGAGAAAUUGCCGUAUGCACUGAGAGAAAAUAUUUGCGAUGUGAUGGGAGCAUGGGACAUGGGUCCUGAAGUCAGUGGCUGUGCACAAGAAAAGUGCAUGGUAAUAUUCAGCCAGUUACAUCGGGACGCAAACAAGGAGGGACCGCAAGAGGUUGUCAUGCCGUUGAUAAAGAACUACCCGGAAGCGGACACAGAGAGGAAAAAAGUGCCAAAUUUGGAAAUAAAAAGCCGGAAGAACGGAACAACAGAAGGAUACUGGACACUUUUGAGAAAGGCUUAAGUGAAGUGGACUAUAUGUUUUCUUUGUAUGGAAUCUAGUAUUUUAUCUGUGUUUUAAGUGUUUCAAUAAAUUGUUACGCUGCACUUACCUUGUAUGCUGGAGUUCAUAAGGUUUAAGGUACUGGAAACCAGGUGGCAAGAUGCACUAAACAGAUUUCCAAGGAACAUCCACUUCAUCAUUUUGUUGACCAUGCUUCAAAGUCUGAGCCAGCUAUUUGAGUGGCUCAGCACCAUGUGAGUGGGACCAAUUUGGGUUUUAUAAAAUAUUGGUGUUUUACUGUAUUAACCUAAAGUCUUUUAAAAAAAAAAAAAUUAUAUAGACUUUAACUGUACAACUAGUGGUAAAAAAACUUUUUAUUUUUGUGUGCAUUUUGGCUCUGGGGGCCUUGGUUUCCGCUGCAAUGGAGUCUCAUGACAGAUGAUAGCCCAGAUCUGAGUGUAUAACAUAUUCAAAGAUCACUCAGUUCGGUGGAACUGGAAUACCACCAGGGUAAAGUUUUGACCGGCCGGGCACGAGGCGCUAGCCCAAAACAAUUCCAAGGAAAUAGGUGUCCUGAUCAGUCUCUGUUUGAGGGUUCCUGUGCGAACACUGUGCAAGGGAUUCUCUUAAUUUCAGGGUACAAAUGCUCUUAAUUUCAGGGUACAAAUGCUCCCACUGUUCGGUAGUUCCCAUCUCCCAAACGUCGUUCACAUAGUUGCUCGGGAAGUAGAACAGGCAGCAGUCUAAUCUUUACCAGGGUUCAUGCGAGUGCCUAGCCUAAAAAGUUCCAGGGACUCUAUAAAACACACAAAUCCAUAUGAAUUUGAUAUUAGAUUCCGCCACAAUGCCCUUUCAGCUCUCUCAGCAUUUAGAUGCCCAGUACUGUAGCGGAGUAGAAGUAUGAACUGUAGUAUCUCUGCUGGCAGACUUAAAGGACCACUAUAGCCACCCAGACCACUUCAGCUUAAUGAAGUGGUCUGGGUGCCAGGUCCAUCUAGGAUUAACCCUUUUUUUUUUUUAUAAACAUAGCAUGCGCAUUCAGCCGAUGACGUCGCUAUGGAGGAGAGCUCCCCGCCCGGCACUGGAGAAAGGUAAGAUUUUAACCCCUUCCUCCCCCCAGAGACCGUCAGGAGGGGGUCCCUGAGGGUGGGGGCACCUAUAGGGCACUAUAGUGCCAGGAAAACGAGUAUGUUUACCUGGCACUAUAGUGGUCCUUUAACCCCGUAAGGACACAUAACAUGUGUGACAUGUCAUGAUUCCCUUUUAUUCCAGAAGUUUGGUCCUUAAGGGGUUAAUUAGCAAUCAAAUAAAGGGUAGCGUGAUAAUUCCAAUCCCAUUCCCCAACAACUGGACGAAACACAGUUUUGGGAGUCAACUGAUUUUUAUUGAGCCACAGCUUGCUUUUAUACAAUUCCCCUUGCAAGGGGUUUCUUUAAUUACAUUCCAGUGGGUUUCCCCUGGUGGACCUUGACGGUCAAAUGAAAACUCCAGGUCCAUCUUUUAAUUUUUUUCGGAGUAUGUGCUCAUAAUAUUAUUAUUGGCAUUUAUACAGCGCCAACUUAUUCUGCAGCGAUUUACAAUAUUAUCAAAGGGGGAAAUUUAACAAUAAAUGAGACAAUUACAAAAUGUUACAGAAACUAGAGGUAGGUGAGGACCCUCCUCACAUGAGCUUACAUUUUAGAGAAGGUGGUAUCAUACUAAUUACAUACGCUGCACCAUACAUACUAUUAUUAUUAUUAUUAUACACAGGGGUAAAAAAAAAAAAUAACCAAAAGGAAAAAUCUGAAUAUUUUUUUUCUGAGUAUGUGCUCAUAUCAUUACAUAAUUACAUAAAACAUUCAUUAUUAUACACAAUGAAACUCCAUGGGUUAAACUGAGCACCCUGUUCUGCAGGACUGAUGCAUAAACAUGGAGAGCCAUGAGCCUGGUACCCCACUCAGCCAGUCCAACCAGUCCAGCAGCUAACUGACCUCCUGCUCACACAGCUCACCAGCUAUCUGAGCAAGGCACAGCAGGAAGUGCUUCAAAUACAACCGCAGAUUCGACACCGCAAGAAAUAAAAAAAAUAAAAAAUCUAUCGGUAAGUGAAACGAGGCGAUUAGUCGCCUGGAUGUAUCACCGUACUAAGGAACUGAUAUUUUCUUUCGUUUAAUUUUUUUUUUUUUUUUAGAAGUGAUUGCCACUCGUGUCGAAUCAGCUGACGAGCGUGAGUGUGGGUUCAGGGCGACUCUGCCGUGACGUGGAAGUCAGAGCUGCACUACUUCCUGGACUGAGACCGAGUGCAGGCAGGUUCGCUGCGGAGCCAGGACUACAGCUCGCCAUGGGUGAGAGUGGGGGCUGGUCAUUUAACCCUUUAUAAAUGAUAUCAGUAGGGUGACAUGCUGGGUAUGUGUGUUAAUGGGUUACAGCAGGCUUCCCCAAUCUCUGGCCCUCCACAUGCUGCUGAACUACAACUCCCAUGAUUCUCAGCCUAUCUAUUUCAUUCAUAGAAUCAUGGGAGUUGUAGUUCAGCAGUAUCUGGAGGGCCAGAGUUUGGGGGAAGCCUGGGUUACAGGGAGCUGCUGCCCCCUCACCCCCACCCCCCUGGAGCUGAGUUGGAGAAUUGUUCCAGUUCAGUUUUUCAGGCCUAAAAAUGUUUAUUAGUUUAGUUUCCAAUACACUAUAAGUUCACGGAAUAAUACUCUUUUUCAUGCCUUGUCUUGUCUUAUCAGGGUUAUUAACUAGGAACAUAGUACACAUUAUAGUUUCUGUAAUGAUAGUGAUGCCAGAUUUGUUGUAGGUUAUUGUCAGUGUGAACUGUCUGAAAGUCAAAGUGAAUUUAAAAGUUUAGGGGGGGGGAGGGGGAAAUAGAUGAUUUGGAUACAUUUUCAAUGUCCGCUAUGUUUUCAUUAAUUUUGAAUUCCUGCUAACGCACAUGUUGGUGAAUAACCUUUGCAACAAGAAGAAAAUCUAAGGAUAUAUCUAAAGGGACGCUAUGGGCACGCAGAGCGCGUCAUCUCGUUGAAAUGGUCUGGGUGCAGUCAGUGUCCCUGUGCCCCAUAGCCCGGCAAUAUAAUACAUUGCAGUUUCAGAGAAACUUUGUUUAUAUUGCAGGGUUAAGACUGCCUCUAGUGGCUGCUUACCAGAAAGCCACUGUAAGCGCUUCCUGCUGUUUCACAGAAUUUAACUCCAUGAAACGACGCUGGAUGUCCUCAUGUCCAGCAUCCUCAAAAUCCCCAUUGGAUAGUACUGAUCAUUGGUUUCCUAUGGGGAAGGCCUAAUCCGCACAGCACUUGCUGCGCAUGCGGAUUAAGUUCCCUCCUCUGCGCUGACAUUGGGGGCGGAGCCAGGUGAGUGAAAGAAAAGAUUAUUUAGUAGCUUAAUUCAGUCCGUGAAUUCUGACACUCUUAACGAUUUUUACUAUAAGUGCUGAAAAUAUCCCAUAUGUAUAGCACUCCAAGUUAAUAAAUACCACAGAGCAGGUUUUAUUACUUUGCCAAAUAGAUCCAUUCACAAAUGCAGAGUAUGUGCAUAAUCGCUGCCAAAGAUCUUUGAGGGGACCUAUCACAAGUAUCUAAGACUUGUGUCUGUGUGCUUAUUACUAUACAUUUUCUUCUUCUGUUACAUGUUUGUUUAUAGCUGCAGUUGUAAAAAUUAAACUGCGUGUACCUUAAUCCCUUAAGGACCAAACUUCUGGAAUAAAAGGGAAUCAUGACAUGUCACACGUCAUGUGUCCAUAAGGGGUUAAAUACAUUGUACUCCUUUUCACUGUAACCUCUGCAACUUAUUUGACCAAAUUAUGUUUUCAGACAUAAUUUAGGGGAUAGAUCUUUGAGAGGUCAACAUAUUUAUGGAUAAGCUUAGAGUAGUGACAGUGCCUUGUUCCUUCAUACCAGUAAAUGCUACUAUAGAGUUUACAGGGGUGAAAAUAAGCACAGCGGAGGAAAGGAAAAAAAACUUGCCAUCACAGCGCAUCUGUGCAGCACCUUCACCGACCCAUGUUACUGCAGGUGUGCACGUGCAUGCUUGGUUGUCUAACAGAGAAAUACCAUAUAGAUGCAUAUGCGGUCAGGAUUUUCUCCUGCAGUGCUGUACAUGCCUUGUGCUAUAAUUGAAGAAGUACCCAUUCCUCUGUCAACGUUGAGUAGACAAGUGGAAAUUUCCCGUUUUGUGUGUGAUGGUUAUUUGUACUUCUAGCAUAAUAACAAUUCUAUUGUAUCUUGUGCUCAUUUUUAUAUUCUUAACUAAAUGUGCAUUCACAAAUAAACACCUUAGAACAAUAAACUCUGUAUUCUUUAGGCCUGUUUUGUUUCAUUGAAAGGUGUGUGAGCAGUGGUUAUGGUGCCAAGUGUUUCCUGGCGCUCUCCUGAUGUAAGUAGACUUCAUACCUGAGGUCUGCCGGUUGCUGGUUAUUUCUUUUUUGGAGAGCCAGACGCUCCUGAAUUUGCUCUCCUGAGAGUGUCAGCAAAUUGCAGUUAGCCAGUGAGCUAAGCCCUGCACUGCCAGGUUAAGCUCAACAGUUUCACAACAGGGUUUGCUGGCCACUGCUCACCUCCUCUACGAAAGCCAGAAGCAUUCCGCUUCAGGCUUUCGUAGAGGAGGUGAACAGGGGCCAGCAAACCCUGUUGUGAAACUGUUAGCAAACGGUUUGAAUCCUUACAAAGGGGGGCACCAGAGCUAUUCUGGCACCAUAAUCACUACACUGUGCAGAAGUGGGUAUGGUGCUUGGAGUGUUCCUUUAACAAUACAUUUUGUAUUUGUUUUAUAUUCAUUAAAUUAAGGAACACCACAGUGUUAGGAAUACAAAUUUGUAUUCCUAACACUAUAGUGUUCUUCUCUGCCUUUAGUUUAAGGUCCUCACCGCCCAAAUCUAAAUAAAAAAAAUUGGGGAAAAAAGAAUUUACUAACCUUGAGCCAUAAAUCAUAACCAUAAUUCAGUGCUGUUAGCCUUUAACAGUCUCCUUAUUUCAGCACAAUCCACUACCAAUGAGAUUAUUAAUGCUGAUGAUCUCUGAUUCAAUCAAAUGCUAGCAUUGAGCACAUACAGCGCAGCAUGCACAGCAAUAUGAUAUCCAUCUUUGGUGUCAUCAUGCUGUAUGUGAUGAAGACGAAAGUGAAAACCUUUGAAAAUUGAAAAUACAAUGCUUCAAAAUCACUACAUUAAGAUGAUGUAGUUCUAAUGUCUUUUUAAAGGAACUCCCCCCUGUUGUAAGCAAUCAAUCAGUGUUUAACUUAUUACCAGGGGUCCACCAGGUGCCUGUAGUGGUUAUGGUGCCAGAAGUACUCUGGUUCAGUCCUGGUAUGAAGUCAAACCAUUUUAGUGGGUGGUUAUGGUGCUUGGAGUUUUCCUUUAAAGGCACACCUUAGGCACUGUAUAGUUCUGAUAAUAAUCCUAGUUAACACUUUGUCUUGCUCUAUAUUUCAGGGGGUUUCUUUUCCAGCAUCUUUUCCAGCCUGUUUGGAACUCGGGAAAUGAGAAUUUUGAUUCUGGGUCUUGAUGGAGCAGGAAAGACAACGAUUCUUUACAGAUUACAAGUGGGAGAAGUUGUUACCACAAUUCCAAGUAUGUUGGGCGUUCUGUAGAGAGUGUUUCAAGUGAUGACCUAUAUGUUUAUUUAAUACACUGAAAAGGAGAAUUGUUAAUCAUGCGCACGCUCUCUCGUUCCCUUAAGCAAAACUGACAGCAAGUGCCCAGCUUAAAGCUAUUCUCUCACUUUGGUAUUUUGCAAAAGACCAUGCCCCUUGAAAUUUUGACAGCCUGUGGAGAAUCUGAAGAGAGAUCUACUUACCUGAAGAUAUCCCUUGUGAGUGCACCAUCUUCCUUCUGGGGUCCAUAUUCAGCUCCUGGUACUUAUCUACCAGUCCUCUUUGCUUUUGUACACUCAUGCAUAGAUGAGUACUAAAUAGGUCAAUGGAAGAUCCAUGCGAUGCACCAUAGAAGUUAUCACAUGAUGUACAAAAAUAUACCCUUCCUGUCACUGCUAACAGCUGCUUGGACAAACCUUUAUAAUACAAGCUCCACUUUUUGUGAACCUUCGCUUAGCAAGUACACAGACCCAAUACAAAGAUCCAUCCAGGUGACAUGGUGGUAGAGUGAUUUCAGAUAGGGAUAUAUACUUACCUUAAAGGACCACUCUAGGCACCCAGACCACUUCAGCUUAAUGAAGUGGUCUGGGUCCCUGGUCCAGCUAGGGUUAACCCAUUUUUAAAUAAACAUACAUGAAUGGGUUAAGCCUUCCCUCUAAUCCUCUAGUGGCUGUCUCAUUGACAGCCACUAGAGGCGCUUGCGUGCUUCUCACUGUGAUUUUCACAGUGAGAGCACGCCAGCGUCCAUAGGAAAGCAUUAUGAAUGCUUUCCUAUGUGACCGGCUGAAUGCGCGCGCAGCUCUUGCCGCGUGUGCGCAUUCAGCUGACGGGGCGGAACGGAGGAGGAGAGGAGGCAGAGAGCUCUCCGCCCAGUGCUGGAAAAAGGUAAGUUUUUACCCCUUUCCAGAGCCGGGCGGGAGUGGGACCCUGAAGGUGGGGGCACCCUCAGGGCACUAUAGUGCCAGGAAAACGAGUAUGUUUUCCUGGCACUAUAGUGGUCCUUUAAGCUGUCCCUCCUUGGCACCCUAUCCUCUUGACACCAUACUUUAGCUCCUGGCAGGAACUUCAUCUGCCAGGAGCCUUUGUCAUUAUUAAGAAUACAGAAUAGGGUUUUGGGAGGAUACCCCAUGACCACCGGAUGUUCAAUAGAUAAUUUUAUUCAGAGUAAGGUGCCAUAGGCAUCCAUUGUGUAUCGCACAAGAUGAUGCCUGUUCCCAUCAGUCGUCAGAUUGCUGAUGGAACAUAGUGGCCUGAACGUCCGGCCGCCUUCCUGCCCAGCAGCCCCACUGGACUUCAGAUGAGAAAUCCACCCAGCUAUCCCAAACGUAGGGUGGAUUUAAAUUUAAAAAAAAUAAUAAUUGUGAGUGUGGGGAAAUGUGAGUGAGUGAGUGUGUGUGUCUGUCAGUGAGUGUGUCUGUCAGUGAAUUUGAGUGAGUAUGUGUGUCUGUCAGUCAGUGUGUGCGUCUGUUAGUGAGAGUGUGAGUCCGAGUAAGUGUACGUCUGUCUAUCAGUUUGUCUAAUCAGUGAGUGUGUGUAUGUCACUGUUUGUCAGUGUAUGUGAGAGUGUGUCUGUCAGUCAAAGUGCGGCCUUAACAGGAAGGGGUGGGGAAAAUGUAAAUUUUGGGGGGGUGGGCACCGUCCUGCCUAGGGCAGCACAAACCUAAAUACACCACUGGUUAUAAGAUAUACAUUUGCCAUUGAGAUGAUUAGCACAAUCUGCUGAGAAAAAUAUAUUCGCCACCAUAUUAUAUUUAUACCUUGAUAAUGUUAAAAGAACCCUCUAACUGUAAAAAAAUCGUUUUUUUAAUUAGCUUUGACCUUUAUUCCAUUUGGAAUCUUUUCUGUAUUUUUUUUUUUUUUUGGUAAUUAGAAACACAGUUUAACUUUUAAAUGAAACCUUUAUUUCAGUGUGGAGAUUGACUCCAUUAAGCACCGAGGAUCAAUCCAAUGUUCCUCAUAGAGACCAUAGGAUGCAGACAUUCUUUGCAUGCAGAUACUGGACAUCAAAUUUAUUCAAUUAUUAAAAGGAUGUCAGAAGCCCCUAGUUGGUGUUGGACUUGCAAAAUGUAUACGUUGCAUUUAAAUGCAUUGCAUGCUUUUUGUUUCUCACAAUAUGUUGGGUACACGUAUUUAUGCUGCCUAUGUAUUUUUGUUUUUCCUUUUCAGCAAUCGGUUUUAAUGUUGAGACAGUAACUUACAAGAAUCUUAAAUUUCAAGUAUGGGACUUAGGAGGACAAACAAGUAUCAGGUAAUAAGCUUGGCAAACCCAAGGUACCAAGUGGCCAUGCAGUAUUGAAAAUAAAAAAGGCCUUAUACUGCAUUGCUCUUUUUACAUGUUUCCACACGAUGCUGACUAUUGUCCAUAUAGUAGAUGUUGAUUAAUGGGGUAGUAAUGUGAGGCUUGCACAGUGCAAUGUCUGUAGAGCUCUGGCUUCAAGUUGAACCCUGCUCUUUCCUUUUCUUCCAUCCUAACGUGAAACGGAGGUGUGUUGUCAUGAGGCUGCAUGUACUAUCUCUGAGAGUAGUCCUGAGUGAUUAAACAGCUGGACAUUAGUGUAAUGCAGUACGUUGAUAGACAUUUAUCUUGUGCUGUAGUAAAAAUAUACACAAAAUGACACAUUUGAUUCUUGUUUCAGACCCUAUUGGCGUUGCUAUUAUUCCAACACUGAUGCUGUGAUUUACGUAGUAGACAGCUGUGACAGAGACAGAAUUGGAAUCUCCAAGUCUGAACUGGUUGCCAUGUUAGAGGUAAUUUGAAACAAACUUGAGGUCCUCGUGCUUUCUGACCCUUUUUUUUUUUUUUUAAAUUUAUUUAUUUUUAAUUUCUAUUCUUUACAUAGAUGAGAGCUACCUCAUUGAUUGCUUCUCUAUGCACAAAUUUACAUAUUUGAUGUUCGUAGAGCCAUGUUGAGGUUAAAACAUUUGCACCGGUGUUAAUGACAUAGUCAAAUAGAAACUUUGGGAUAAAACGACCCUCUAUUGAUAAUGUAUAAUUGAUAAAGUAGAGCAUACAAAUCUAUUUAAAGGAUCACUCCCCUUCCCACAUGGGGGAAACAAGAAAUAACAGUUUAGUAGAUAUACCCCAAUGAAUAAAUGCAUGUAUUCAUUGGGGGUAUAUCUUAACAAACACUUGCAGUCUCUUCAGGAAAAUAACUAAUCAGAGGCUUCUCAUUGAGAAUCACCUGCAUUGGUCUGCACACGCACCUGCUCGAACACACGCUCAAGUGUCGGCUCGUGCGCGCGCAUACACGUCUGUUCUGAGGUCUGGAGCAGAGUAACUGGUGAGUAUGGAGGCAUAGCUAGAAUAGCUUUUUUAGAAUAGCUAGCCACUUUUCUGCAUUGUUCUAUUAUUGUUGUCCAUUUUUCUUGCUGCCAGCACUAUGAUCUUCCCUGUGGGAGAUCAUCUCUACUCUUCUGAGUAUGGAGGCAGGCACGCUCAAGUAGAGCGUGCCUGCCACUUCCGUUAGCUCAGGAGAGCGAACGGAGGUAGGAAGGAAUCCUCCCUGGCUGUUUGAUUUACAGCCAGUGCGGUGUUCCCUAGCAAAUUUAUAAAAGUGCUGAUUUAUCCUAGUUUACUAGGCUACUCCUCACCCAUAAAGCACUUCAGCAAGCUGAAGUGCUUUUGGGGUGUGGAGUGGUUCUUUAAGUACAUGAGUGACAUUUUCUAUAGAAGAACUAGGGGAAAGUUCACAAGUGAAUUUCUUUGUAUAAUAUCCUUUAUAUGUAGCGCAACCUUUAAAGGGACACUGUAGUCACCAGAACAACUACAGAUAAAUGUAGUGGUGGUGUCUGUAGCCUGUCCUUGCAGGUAUUUCAAUCUAAACUCUGCAUUUUCAGACAAAAGGCAGUGCUUACAUUACUGUCUGGGGACACCUCCAGUGGCCAUCAUUUAGACGCUCUGAAUGGAGGUGCUGAACUUACCUCAUAGAGAUGCAUUGAGUCAAUGUUGAUUGGCGCCGCAAGGCGUUUUGCCAUGCAUGCGUGAAUGCCUUCCAAUGCUUUCCUAUGGGAAGAAUUGGGUUGUCUAGGAUCAUCAAGUUUGAUCUCAGCCAAGGGGGGAGAGCAUAGGCGGGGCCAGCUGUGACCGGACCUGUGCGGUUCUGGAGAAAGAUGAGUAGGUGGGCCGGAGAAAAUAUGACUAUUUAGUCAUAUAGUGUCAGGAAUACACAUUUGUAUUCAUGUAACUUUAUAGGAAUGUCAGAAAUUCAAACAUGUAUUUCUCACACUAAAGUCAUGAAAUACAUGUUUAGCUUCCCUGCCUCCCUUCUCUGUGGAGAUAAAAGGUUUUUAACUGACCGUGCCGGUCUUGCAGAGCCAUGCAGAACAUGGAGACUCUGAACGUAGGUGCUGCACACUGUGCAGCACUGAGAUUGGAAGCACCUCUAGUGGCCAUCUGAGUGACUGCCACUAGGGGUGUUAAUAGGCGGUAAUGUAAACACUUUUUUCUCUGAAAAGGCAGUUAGGUUGCAAAGUCUGUGGGACAGGCUAUACACACAUGAACAGAGAAUGCACACCAAAAAUCAUACGAAAUUAAUAUCUUGGUUUAAUAAACCAAUAUCUGAUUUACAAAUAUGAUAUAAAUAUAAUACAAAUAAAGUGAUAGUAAACAGGCUAGACAAAAAAUCCACAGUAACUAUUUACCACAAUUCCACAACCUGAGAGGGCAUAAACACGAAUACAAAGAACCCCCCAAUGUUUCGGCUCCUCCUGGAUGCCUUUAUCAAGGGCGUUUAUCGACAGGCUAUACACACCAGAAUCAUUACAUUAAACUUUUUAGUGGUUCAGGUGACUAUUGUGUCCCUUUAAUAUUAGUAACUAGAAUUUUAACAGCUAUGAAUGUAAGUUGAAUGAUUAUAAAUAAAGUUAAAAGAAAGAAUGAAUGGGUGAAGCACUGACAGGCUUAGUCUAAUAUACACAAACUGGACUAUUAACUUCUUUAGGACUAAUGAUAUAUUAGGCCGGGCUACCAUUACAGAUUUUCCUAAGCCUGGCUCUGAAGGUGUUAAUUGAGUAAAUGUUACCUUUGAUCUUUAAAAGAACAUUAUGCAUGGGGCAAUCUCAGACUUCCCCUGUGGUUCGUUUACAAGCACUGCAAAUAAUUUGGGUAAAUCAUUUUAACCCCUUCCCGACCGUGGACGGAAAUUUUCCGUCAACCUUGUCCUUCAGUUAAGGACCGUUGACGGAAAAUUUCCGUCAUUUUCUUAAGUUAAUCCCAGAUCGCCGCGACCGCGGCAAUCGCGGGGUUAACGGUGCUCCGGUCUGCCUCUGCAUUAGAGGCAGACCGGGAGCACCCGAUCGGGCUGCCCCAGCACCGGUGCUCGCUCUGACCGCAUGUCAGAGCGAGCACAUGUGCUCCACAUACUCACCUUCCGCCUCCCUGCACUUCCGGGUUCUGUGUGAAGUGCAGGGAGACGGAUCAGUGCUGAUCUGCUUCCCUGUGUAAAAAAAAAAAAAAUUAAAGUUAAAUCCCACCCCCCCUGCCCCUGUUUUAAUAAAAUUAACCCCUUCCCUGCCAAUUGAUCACUGACUACAGUGAUCAAUUGGCAGGGUAUACAUUUUAAUGUCAUCUGAUUUUUUUUUUUUUUAACCCCUGAGGGUUAAUUAUUUUUUUUUUAACCCUCAGGGGUUAAAUUUAUUUUAUUAAUUAAUUUAAAUAUUAAAAAAUUAUAUAUUUAGCUAGCUGGGAUGGGUGGAAGUUAGUGGGGAAUUGGGGAAUUUGGUGUUAGGCUAACUAGGGGUUAACGUUAAAAAAAGUUUUAAAAUAAGCUUUAAAAAGGUAAAAAAAAAUUUUUUUUUAAAUGUUUUAGUAACGUUUAAGUAAAAAAAAAAAAAAUACCACCCCCUUUACCCAGUCUAAAUAAAAAUUAACCCCUUCCCUGCCAGCUGAUCACUGCCUACAGUGAUCAAAAUACAGAUCACAGUAUUAUACUGUGAUCUAAUUUUUUUAACCCCUGAGGAUUAACUUUUAUUUUUUUUUUUUUAACCCUCAGGGGUUCCAUUUAUUUAAUUAAUUAAUUUAAAUAUUUUAUAAUUAAAUAUUUUGCUAGCUGGGGUGGGUGGGAGUUAUGGGAAAAUGGGGAAUUUACGGUUAGUGCUGCUUACUGCUAGUUAGGGGUUAACGGUAAAAGAAAAGUUUAGAAAAAAAAUUAAAAGUGUAAAAAAAGUUAAGAUAGUGUAAAACAUUUAAUAAGUAAAAAAAAAAGUUUAAAAAUGGGUUUUACAAAGUAAAAAAAGUUUUACAAAGUAAAAAAAUACAUUUAAAAAUGCUCAUUACCACUACACUUGGUACAAGCUAGCGGAAAUAUUAUCCCACGCUAAGGUUCAAAAUAUGCCUUUUGAAUUACCCUGGGAUGUCUUCUUUAAGAAAUGAUAUGCCUUUAUGGUGUAAUUGGAUGAUAUAGCCUUGUAAAAUACUCUAAAAUGGGACAUGGACACAGCGUAAAAAUUCAAAGUUUAAAAAAAAUGGAAUGGCUGUGUCUCAAAUGUGCCCCUUCAAUGUCCACAUAAACCUGGCAAAGGUACAUACGGGGGUAUUGAUGUACUCAGCCGACAUAGCUGAGCAACAUAUGAAGUAGUAUACAGUCGUAGUACACAUAAGGUUUGCAAAAUAUACUGCGCAAACUCACUUUGUGUGUCAAAAAAGCAGAAAAAAUGCUUAUUACCACUACACUUGGUACAAGCUAGCGGAAAAAUUAUCCCACGCUAAGGUUCAAAAUAUGCCUUUUGAAUUCAAAAUAUAACGUUAUGGUUAAUAUGAAAAAUAACCGUGUGUUAGAGAACCUAGUAUGGCUGCAGUAAACCACUCUACUGGAAAAAUAAGGAUUCCACUAAAAAAUCCUUAAUAUUGCAAAGUAAAACAAAAAAUAUAUCAGAUAAAAAUCUAAUAAAAAAAUCCAGGAAUGGUUAACGUGAUAUACCUUUAAAUCUCUUUAGAAUAGUGGUAAGACUAGUAAUAAUUCAUUACUUAUUUAAAAUUUCAUAAAAAAUAUAUCAUAAAAAGUAUAUAUAUUUUUUGCAACAGAUCAUUCACAGUAAUAUCCAAUAAAUAACACAAAAAAAAAAAAAAGAAGAAGAAAAGGAAAUAAAUUGUCCAAUUGAUAACAGUCUUGUAAAUAGAUACUAUGUAUCAAAUAGUAGCAGCAGUCUUUUAAAUUGUAAACUGACUCAGUUCACUCCAGUUAUAGAAGAACUGGUAUAUGGAUACUGAGUGAGUUAGUAUACUGUGUGUACAAUAUUAUAUUAUAAAUGGUCCUAUUUUAUAAUAAUUGUACCCUUGUAAAAAGUAAUAAAUAGAUAUAAAAUAUCAUUGAUAGGUCAUAGUUGAUGGCCCUCAAUAAAAUAUAUGUUUAAUUCACCAUUAAAAACUGAAGUGCUGAAAUGGUUAAAAAUAUUCAAUUUUAUUUGAAAAAAUCAAAUUAAAAGUUAUAUUAGGCACUCACACUUUGAUAUCAAACUUCUUGCCCGGUUGCAGUUUUGGAACCUGGUGUAUACAGUUGUUGCAGUCCGAUCGUCAAAUAAAUGGAAGAGCUGGCUCUCCGUGAGCCUCGUGUGUAUCUUUGUUUUCUUCCUUCGUUCGGCAGCAAUUUAAAUUCCACUAGGUAAUCUUGUUACUGAUGUGUAACAUGUAAUAGUUGUAAUCACUAGGACAGUAGGUGAGCAGGCUCUCUGUGAGCGGCGUGCGUGUCACAGUUCCUGCGUUCCAGGGCAAUAAAGUUGAUUUGCGAUAGGUGCCAGAAAGCAAUGAAUGUCGUAAACAGAGUUGUCCAGGGCAAUUUCAAAUAAAAUUGAAUAUUUUUAACCAUUUCAGCACUUCAGUUUUUAAUGGUGAAUUAAACAUAUAUUUUAUUGAGGGCCAUCAACUAUGACCUAUCAAUGAUAUUUUAUAUCUAUUUAUUACUUUUUACAAGGGUACAAUUAUUAUAAAAUAGGACCAUUUAUAAUAUAAUAUUGUACACACAGUAUAUUAACUCACUCAGUAUCCAUAUACCAGUUCUUCUAUAACUGGAGUGAACUGAGUCAGUUUACAAUUUAAAAGACUGCUGCUACUAUUUGAUACAUAGUAUCUAUUUACAAGACUGUUAUCAAUUGGACAAUUUAUUUCCUUUUCUUCUUCUUUUUUUUUUUUUUUUGUGUUAUUUAUUGGAUAUUACUGUGAAUGAUCUGUUGCAAAAAAUAUAUAUACUUUUUAUGAUAUAUUUUUUAUGAAAUUUUAAAUAAGUAAUGAAUUAUUACUAGUCUUACCACUAUUCUAAAGAGAUUUAAAGGUAUAUCACGUUAACCAUUCCUGGAUUUUUUAUUAGAUUUUUAUCUGAUAUAUUUUAUGCCUUUUGAAUUACCCCGGGAUGUCUUCUUUAAGAAAUGGUAUGCCUUUAUGGUGUAAUUGGAUUAUAUAGCCUUUUAAAAUACUCUAAAAUGGGACAUGGACACAGCGUAAAAAUUCAAAGUUUGAAAAAAAUGGAAUGGCUGUGUCUCAAAUGUGCCCCUUCAAUGUCCACAUAAACCUGGUAAAGGUACAUACGGGGGUAUUGAUGUACUCAGCCGACAUAGCUGAGCAACAUAUGAAGUAGUAUACAGUCGUAGUACACAUAAGGUUUGCAAAAUAUACUGCGCAAACUCACUUUGUGUGUCAAAAAGGCAGAAAAAAUGCUUAUUACCACUACACUUGGUACAAGCUAGCGGAAAAAUUAUCCCACGCUAAGGUUCAAAAUAUGCCAUUUGAAUUACCCCGGGAUGUCUUCUUUAAGAAAUGGUAUGGCUUUAUGGGGUAUUUGGAUUAUAUAGCCUGGUAAAAUACUCUAAAAUGGGACAUGGGAACAGUGUAAAAAUUUAAAGUUUGAAAUGAACUGGAAUGGCUGUGUCCCAAAUGUGCCCCUCCGAUGUCCACAUAUACCUGGCAAAGGUACAUACGGGGGUAUUGAUGUACCCAGCCGACAUAGCUGAGCAACAUAUGAAGUAUUAUACAGUCGUAGCACACAUAAGAUUUGCAAAAUGUACUGCGCAAAUUUACUUUGUGUGUCAAAAAGGCAAAAAAACGCUUAUUACCAUUACACUUGGUACAAGCUAGCGGAAAAAUUAUCCCACGCUAAGGUUCAAAAUAUGGGAUGUGUUCUUUAAGAAAUGGUAUGCCUUUAUGGUGCAGCUGUAAUAUGUAGCCUGCUCAAGUGCUCGAAAGUGGGACACGGACGCAUCAGAACUCUCCAUGAAAAUUCACACUUAAAAACCUUAACUUGCCAUGUCUCUUUUACAGCAGUGUAACUUCACAAAAUAGUGUCUAGGUCAUACAUUGGGCAUAUUGUUUUACUCAGAAGACUUAGCUGAGCAUAAUUUGGGGGGUUUGAACUUAGUGGCACAUAUGAAAUGUACAAAAUGCCCAGCAAAAAUGUAAUCCGUAUGUAAAAAAUGCCCAAAAUUAUUUUUUACCACAUACUUUGGCAUAUAUUGGUGAAAAAAUGGGGGCAUGUUAAGGCACAAUAUGCACCAUAUGAGAUACCCUGGAGUGUCUACUUUUAUAAAUGGUAGGCCUUUGUGGGUUUUUUUUGAACAGUCAAACUGCUAUAAUACCCCAAAUUGAAGCAUAGGCCCAUUAAAUCCGCCUCUCAAAAUUCUACUGUAAAUGUUGAAACGGACAGGUCUCCUAUAUGGCACUGUAGCUUCACGAAAUAGUGCCAAAGACAUACAAUGGGGGUAUCGUUGUACUCAGCAGAAGUAACUGAACACAAAAUAAAACUUUGUACAGGAAUAGCACACACCAACUUUACAAAAUAUACAUGGGAAGUUCUUUGUUAUAAGUUUGUGUGCCAAAAACUCCAAAAAACUAAAUUUUACUCCAAUAUUUAGCAGAGAUUGGCGGUGAAAUGGCUACUUAGAAAGUGUCAAAAAAACCUUAGGACAAUAGCCUGUGAUGUCUACUUUAUAUAAAUAUAUACUUUUGUGUGGCAAUUUUGUUUUCUUUUAUGGCUAUUAAGCUUACAAGACAAACAUACAAAAUUCUAAAAUCGCUCUACAUUAAAAGUUUAUUUUACUCCUUGUGCUUUAUGACCUGUAACUACCAAAAAAAACUUUAAAUCCCAGACACAUUAUAUAUUUUGUAAAUCAGAACAACUAAAUAAAUUUAUUUUUAAUUACUUUCUUUAACCUGCACUAAUUAGGCACACAUUAUUAUUGCAAAAACUGUAAAAAAACACACAAAUAUUUUCUUUUUUUUGCAUUUUUCUGUAUUUUUUAAAUAAUAAAUAGGCAUUUAUAUAUAUAUAUGUUACAUCAAAUUAAAGCCCUUUAUGUCCUUUAAAAAAACAGUAUAUAAUAUGUGUCGGUGCAAUAAACGAGAGAGAUGCAAAUUGCAGUUGAACGCAUACAGCAAGAAAAUGCAAAAAUUGCUUGUGUCAUUAAGCGUAAGACAAGCUUCUGAAGCUGUGUCCUUAAGGGGUUAAUGAAUAACCCUCUCCUAUAUCCAAAACUAGGUAGUGUAACUAAUCUCAAGUAUAUCCUAGAGUCUACAUGUUAUAUGUUAUUCUGUAGUAUUCAGUUUAUUAACCCCUUAAUGACCAAACUUCUGGAAUAAAAGGGAAUCAUGACAUGUCACACAUGUCGUGUCCCUAAGGGGUUAAACUCAGAAAGUUGAAACGAUAAGCUAUCAGUGUCACAAAUCUGAACUUUAAUUAUUGCAGUUGCAGUAUAUAUAUCUGUUACAGUUUACUUUUGUUGUAACUAUAGUUUCAGUGCAUUUAAACUGUACUCAUUUAAAAAACAAAACAAAAAAAAAAUUCUGCUCUGUUUCAUAGUCAUGCAAUAAAACAUUGUAAAUGUGACUGCUCUGAAUUCCAGGAAGAAGAAUUAAAGAAAGCUAUCUUAGUAGUGUUUGCAAACAAACAGGACAUGGAGCAGGCCAUGACACCUACAGAGGUUGCUAAUUCCCUUGGCUUGCCAGCUUUGAAAGACCGUAAAUGGCAGAUUUUCAAAACCUCUGCAAUGAAGGGCACUGGACUUGACGAAGCUAUGGAAUGGUAAUGUCUUUAUGUAGUCUAUGCACAGAGUAAUGAAUGCAAGGCCAAUUAGAUGACAUGUUUCUGUAAAAGUGCAGCAGUCAUUCUGCCAUCUCAUUCAAUUGUUUGUGGCUGUCCUCCCACUCUCAAACCAAGCAAAAUUUGUUCACUUUUAAUCCCAUUUAAAAGCAGCAGGUACACCUGCUAUUUAUACAGUCUGUCAAUCUAAGGAAAAACAUAAUUGUUAGAACAAACAGUCAAUCUCUAUUCUUUGGUUUGACAAACAUGGUCUCGUAUUAGUAAUUAUACUGAAAACCUCCUGUUGUAUAUAUGACAGAGCAAUAUCUAUUUCAUAAGCCUAAACUUUCAGCAGAAAUUUAGACUAAUCUAUGACCAUGCCAAAUAGUUUCCUGGUAAAACAGGAAUACUUAUUUAAAAAGGGCAGUGCAUAUGUGCUCUGAUCCACAGACAGCGGCUUCCCCUACUACUUCUUUUUCUGUUUUUCUUUUCCUCUGUAAUGGUGAAUUUGCACUGUUGGCCACUUUUUCUUGUGUUUCUUUAAUUUAACAAAAUGUAUCUAUAAUGGACACAGUGGGCUGUACUUUUAAAUGUUUGCAUGCAACAUGAAAUAUACCCUAAAUGCCACAACCCCUCCUGUGCAGGGGACUAUGCGCUAAGCAUAGUUCUGUUAUAUCCAUUUAGCUGGUAAUAUACCUGGUCACUGAGGUUUACAUUAUUUUUUAUUUACUUUUUAAGUGUGCAAGUUGAAGUGACAGUUAUUUUUCAUUCCUAUGUAAAACACUGUAAUUGGAUCUAUAGAUAUUGAAAAGUUAUUUUCCUUUAAAAGAUUUCUAUUGGGUCAGGAACACACACACACACACACACACACACGUAUUCCUGACCGUAUAGUGUUAAAACCACCAUCUAGGCUCUGUAAAUAUAGUAAAAUCUUACUUGUUGUCAAGUCUGCAGCUGCUGCCUCUGCCCCUGCUUGGCUGACAUCAUCAAAAGUGAUUCUGUGAGCCAGUCACAAUGCUUUACCAUAGGAUUGGCUGAGACUGUCAAGGAUGCAGAUCUGGGGCAGAGCCAGAACAAGUCAAACACAGCCCUGGCCAAUCAGCAUUUACUCAUAGAGAUACAUUGAAUCAAUGCAUCUCCGUGCAGAGGGUGGAGACACUGAAUGGCAGCACUGCCCCACGAAGCACCUCUAGUAGCCAUCUGAGGAGUGGCCCGUGGAGUUAUCACUAGGCUGUAAUGUAAAUACUGCAAUUUCUCUGAAAAGACUGUGUUUACUGCAAAAAGUUGAUUCUACGCACCAGAACAACUACAAUAAGCUGUAGUUGUUCAGGUGACUAUAGUGUCCCUUUAAAUCUCAUUGCUUAACCCAUUCAAGGGACACUAUAGUCACCAGAACAACUACAACUUAUUGCAUUCUGGUGAAUAUAAUCAUUCCCUUCUGGCUUUUUUCCUGCAAACACUGUCUUUUCAGAAAAAAUGCAGUGUUUACAUUACAGCCUAGUGAUCACUUCACUGGCCACUCCUUAGAUGGCUGCUAGAGGUGCUGUUAGUUAGUGCUGCAGAAUUAGCAGCACUGCCAUUCAGCGUCUGCACCCUCUGCAUGCAGACGCUGAACUUUCCUCAUAGAAAUGCAUUGAUUCAAUUAAUCUCUGAGGAGAUGCUGUUCGACUUGUGCUUCGUUUGCCUCCUUGACAGUCUUAACCAAUUCUAUGGGGAAUUAUUGUGAUUUGGCUCAGACCAGCACUUCUGCUGGUGUCCGCAGAACGGGGCAAGUCAGAGGCAGACGGGCAGAGCCAGCAGCUACAGACUUGAAUACAAGUAAGAUUUUACUAUAUUUAGGUAGUCAAGAGGCGGUCAGGGGGCUAGAUGCUGAUUUGAACACUAUAGAGUUUGAAAUAAAGGUUUGUGUUCCUGACCCUAUAGUGCGCUUUUAACAACAUUAGGAUAAUCUGUUUACAGUCUUACAUUACUGGGCUUUUAUGAUGUUAUGGAAUGUCUAACAUUCUGGGGUGAGAAGCGUUAAAUCCCUGCUCACAGGUAUCAAUACCUAGGACUCAACUCUGUCAGCUGUGCCCAUAUUUAGUGGCCCGAUUGCCUGCUGUAUGCAGCUCAGUGUUAAUUUUGGCUGCAAAUUUCAAUUUAGUUUUAGUCUUAUUUUAGUAAUCUUAAUUGUUUUAGCCAAGUGUAGUCGACAAAAUUAACAUUGAUGCAGCCCUUUUAAAUGUGCUUUAAAUCCCUGCAAUUGCACUAUAAUGCGGAUUCUCUUGCUGCACACUGAGAUCCGGAUAGGGUCUCCCCUGCAUGCCCCCUGACAAUUGUGAUCGGUGCUGGGCUUUGCCAGCUGCCCAGCACUGAACAAAGGGUUAUCGGCAGAGAAGGCGUGCUGCAAAUCAUGAGUAGAGGGAGGUCACAGACUGCUUUGUUUUAUUUUAGCUUGGAAAUCCAUUUUCUGAUAGUAAGUUCUGACAUUAGCAUCGGGGAAGAGAUCAUGUAAGGUUAUAGUAUGCAAAAGGUUAGCGUUGACUACGAAAAAUUAAUUUCGAUUCUAGAUAUCUAAGCCAUUUAACAAUCAGGACUGAUACGUGAAUAUUUCGAGUUCUUUCUCUUUAGUUGCACUUGACGUGUACAAAUUUAAUAUAAGCAAAAAUCUGUCACCUCCCCCUUGGCCAACGAGGCGGGGCAGGGGUGCAGAGCCAAACGCUGUGCUGGCCCAUCAGCCUCUCCUCAUAGAGCCUCCUCCAUAAAGGAAUGUUCAGCAUCACACUGACCCAGGUAGCACCUCUAGUGGCCUUCUGAGUGACUGGCCCCGGAGUGUCUCUAGGCAUGUAAACACUGCCUUUUCUCUGAAAAAAAAUUCUAUGCAUUUAAUGUUUUGUUGUGGUGUUUUUUUUAAAUACAGUGGAUAUUAUGGAAAUAAACUUGCAAUGUUUGAUUUUCUACCUUGCAGGUUGGUUGAAUCCUUGAAAAGCAGGCAGUAAAUCGUUCUAGUCCACCUUUGUCCGUCACUCCACAAGAGAAUGUUGCUGGAUGUACAUAGAAUUUGCACCAUCGUUACCUGAAAUGGCUCCUUUAGUUAUUAAAAAGGACGUUGCAUCUAUAUGACUUGUUUUCCAAUAGCAAUGUACCAUACUGUGCUUUAUGUAGUGUAGAUUCUCUUUUAUUUAUGAAAUUUUUGUAAUAACUGACUUUUUUGAGAAUGCAUUCUUCCGGUGUGCAAUCUUUACUAUGGGGCCCACUUUUUUUUUUUCUUUUUUUUUUUUUAAAUUAAAACUAACAUUCUGCUUACUAUAACUACAUAAGGUAGUUAUCUUAUGACCAGCUCCACAGUAGCAGUGGGAUAGAUAAAAAAAAAUACUGUUGAAACUUCAUGUUAAUGAUCCCUUCCAAAAUAAACUAUUUCUUUAGUAACCUUGCUUGCUAAUGUCAUUGUCUUUUCAGUAUGUAUUUUAAAAAAGUGUCAUGGUUUAGUUGCACAGUAAAGCUAAAGUAGACUUGUUACCUACAACCUGGAUUUAUAAAAUUAUCAACCUUUUCUCUUAUUUUUAAGACCCCUUUAAGAUGACAUCCAUGUGAUUAACGUGAUUGGUUCUAAAGCAGAUAAAAAUGUAGUGAAAGAUACACAGAUUCUUCUCGACAUACAUUUAAGUGGUGGUUUCAUUUUAAUAUUUACUUAGAUAGCAAACACAUUAUGUAUUAUACAUCACUUAUUGUGUGAUAUCUUGUUAGCCAUAUAUGGCUAUUUACUAAAAAAUUGUGGGAAAUUUACAUUUUAUAAUUUUUGGAAGAGAAAAUCUACAAUUUUUGGCACAGUAAGUAUACCUUAAAGGGACACUAUAGUCACCUGAACAACUUUAGCUUAAUGAAGCCGUUUUGCUGUAUAGAAUAUGCCCCUGCAGCCUCACUGCUCAAUCCUCUGCCAUUUAGGAGUUAAAUCCCUUUGUUUAUGAACCCUAGUCACACCUCCCUGCAUGUGACUUGCACAGCCUUCC